AGGACAAAUACGCAACGUGUGUCAAGUGGUCAAGAGAAGGUGAAUGCCAGAAGAACAAGAAUUGGAUGUCGAAACACUGCGGGAGGAGCUGCAAGAUAUGCCCUGUGACAGUGAAUUGUAAAGAUUUGAAGUCGAGAGUUCAAUGUCUAGUAUGGGCUGAGAAAGGGCAUUGCAAAAAAAGCAAAGUUUGGAUGUACAAGAACUGCCCAAAAAGCUGCGGGAGAUGUUUAGCUGCUGAGUGUAAAGAUUCAAACAAACUUUGUUCAUUCUGGGCAAAGAUAGGAGAGUGCAGUAAAAACAAGCCCUACAUGCAUAAACAUUGUCAAAAAAGCUGCGGCAUAUGCAAAGCUUCUCAGUGUGAUGAUUCUGCCUCUGUAAAGCAAAAUUGUCCACAGUGGGCCAAGAAAGGAGAGUGUAAUAAAAAUAAGGUCUGGAUGUAUACAAAUUGCCCAAUGAGCUGCAACAUAUGUUAAGAUUCCAAUUUCCUUUUUUUUUUCAGUCUAAAAUAUCUAAAUAUCUAAAAAUCCGGCACAAAUUCCAAAGGAUAUAAUAUGGUGGCUGGCUUGAUGUUAUUAUCUUGCAUCUAUUUAAUCACAGAGGACUCCGUCAAAGAGAUUUAAAUGAAAUAAAUUACAGUGAUAU